AUGCCACCAUCCUCUCUACGCCGAAUACAGAAGGAACUCGCUGAUUUGGUACGAGAUCCGCCAUUGAAAUGCAGUAUUAAACCAGUGUCAACAGGCAACCCUGAGAUAGACCUAUUCCGGUGGAUAGCGACUAUAACUGGCCCUGCUGAUACGCCCUAUGAAGGAGGGGAGUUCGAUCUGGCCGUUCAGUUCCCUAAGGAAUAUCCAUUUAAACCACCAAAGGUACAGUUCCUGACUAGGAUUUUUCAUUGUAAUAUUAAUGCUAAUGGAGUGCUUUGUCUGGAUAUACUGGAUAAACAGUGGAGUCCUAGUCUAACGAUGCAAACGGUAGUAGUAGUAGUAGUAGUAGUAGUAGUA